AUGUCGGAAUUUGACCCCGAAAUCUCAGAAUUUGACCCUGAAAUGGUGGAUUUUAGCCCUAAAAUCUCAAAAAUUGCUCCCGAAAUGGUGAAGUUUGAUCACAAAAUGUUGGAAUUUGGCUCCAAAAAGGCAGAAUUUGCCCCCAAAAUGUUAGAAAUCAGCCAAAAAUCAGAAUUUGCCCCCAAAGUGGUGGAAUUUGCCCCUGAAACGUCAGAAUUUGGCUCUAAAAUGUCAGAAUUUGACCUUAAAAGGGUGGAAUUUGGCCCUAAAAUGUCAAAGCUUAAUCCCAAAAUGUCAGGAUUUGGCCCUAAAGUUUCAAAAUUUGAUCCCAAAAGGUCGGAAUUCGGCCCCAAAAGGCCGGAAUUUGCCCCCAAAACGUCAGAACUUGAACCCAAAAUGCCAGAAAUCAACCAGAAUUUGGAAUUUGACCCCAAAAUGGUGGAAUUUGACCCCGAAAUGGUGGAAUUUGCCCCGGAAACCCGCAAAAGGCCGGAAUUUGGCCUUAAAAUGUCAAAAUUUGAUCCCGAAAUGUCGGAAUUUGUUCCCAAAACGUCGGAAUUUGUUCCCAAAACGUCAGAAUUUGGCCCUAAAAAGCCGGGAUUUCGCCCUAAAAAGUCAAAAUUUGAUCCCGAAACGUCAGAAUUUGAUCCCAAAAUGUCAGAAUUCGGCCCCGAAACGCCAGAAAUCAGCCAAAAUUUGGAAUUUGACCCCGAAACGGUGGAAUUUUCCCCCAAAGUGGUGGAAUUUGCCCCCAAAAUGGUGGAAUUUUCCCCCGAAAUGGCGGAAUUUGACCCCGAAACGGUGGAAUUUUCCCCGGAAAUGCCGGAAUUUGACCCCGAAACGGUGGAAUUUGCCCCCGAAACGGCGGAAUUUUCCCCGGAAAU